CAGUGACACCGCCACAGAAGGCGGCGAUUGACUAUAUGCGCUAACGGAGGAGCGACUGUGAUGGUGUGAAAAUAGCAUUUUACCCGGAGAAAGAAGAAAAAGCAAAGAACUCAUUGUAAGACACCGGGCGGCGGACACAGCUGAGCACGACGGCGUUUGAAGAAUGUCGGGAGGCGGCAUUUUCCGGCAGUCUCGAGGGCGAUUAGCGUUUCCAAAUCCAUUUCAAUUUGGGGCGCUUUUGGUGAUGCUCCUACCCAAUUUCUUCCCCGCCCUCUUCUCCCCGCUUGGCCGGACUUACACUUCUUUAUUUUCCGAAUGGAAUGCUCCAAAGCCUGUGCACUUGAAUUUACUUAAUGCAGCACUGCAACAACAUCCAUCUUCCAAUGAACAAGAAUCUGAUCCGUGGUCUCCCUUACCAAACCAAGGACGGAAACCAUGUGUUACACAAAGUAACCACUUUUUGCCGAGGAAGUCUCGCGGAUAUCUACAAGUGUUUCUUGAUGGAGGCUUGAACCAACAAAGAAUGGGGAUUUGUGAUGCAGUAGCCGUGGCAAAAAUUUUAAAUGCAACCCUCAUAAUUCCAUACCUUGAUAUCAAUCCUGUAUGGCAGGACACAAGUGCAUUUGAGGAUAUAUUUGAUAUCAAUCAUUUUAUCCAAGCGUUGAAGGAUGAUGUCUCCGUAGUUAAAGAGCUUCCGAGUGAUUUUUCAUGGAGCACUAGGGAGUACUAUGCAACAGGCAUACGGGAAACUAGAAUUAAGACAGCACCAGUCCAUGCUUCUGGUACUUGGUAUCUGGAAAAUGUUUUGCCAGCAAUGCAGAGAUUUGGGAUUGUUGCUGUAGCUCCGUUCUCUCAUCGCUUAGCUUUCGAUGGCCUGCCUUCUGAUGUCCAGCACCUGCGUUGCAAAGUCAACUUUUUGGCACUGGUUUAUGUUCCACAUAUCAGAACAUUAGGAGAUUUACUCGCCAGCCGAUUGAGAAGCAACCCUUCUAACAUGGAUGGGACAUCAACUUCCAUAUCCCGAAGGGACAAUUACAAACCAGGAGUUGGAAAAUACGUCGUUUUGCAUUUACGUUUUGACAAAGAUAUGGCAGCUCACUCUGCUUGUGAUUUUGGUGGAGGUAAAGUUGAGAAGCUUGCUCUUGCAAAAUACCGCCAGUUGAUUUGGCAGGGAAGGGUUGUCAAGUCUCAAUUCGCUGAUGAGGAAUUAAGAAACCAAGGGCGUUGUCCAUUGACUCCCGAAGAAAUUGGACUCCUUUUGGCUGCUUUAGGUUUCAACAACAGUACGCGCCUUUAUCUUGCUUCCCACAAGGUUUAUGGGGGAGAAGCAAGGCUCUCGGCGCUUCGCCAAAUGUUCCCACUAAUGGAGGAUAAAAGGAGCCUAGCAUCUUCAGAGGAAUUGGCUAUGGUUGAAGGAAAGGCCUCUUUAUCAGCUGCUGUGGAUUAUCAUGUGAGCAUGCAGAGCGAUAUCUUCAUCUCUGCUUCUCCUGGAAACAUGCACAAUGCACUGGUGGGACAUCGCGCGUUUAAGAACCUGAAGACCAUAAGACCAAACAUGAGACUUGUUGGGAAGCUGUUCCAGAACAAGAGCAUGGGAUGGUCGGAGUUCCGGGAAGCAGUGGUGCGGGGUCACAAGAACAGACAAGGGCAACUCCAAUUCCGCAAACAAAACCAGUCGAUUUAUACUUAUCCUGCCCCCGAUUGCCUCUGUCCAGCUGCUGCUGCUGCUUAAACAAACAAGCAUUCCCAUUGAGGUUUUGAUUUCCUCUGGUUUGGUUUGAGUUUGUUUUUCAUUUGAAAUCAACAAUGUUUUUAUAUUUUCUUUUUUGGGCAUUCACACCAGCCUAGAUGAUAUUUUUAUGGUGCUUUUGUGAUAGUAAUGGUUAUUUUCUAUUGAUGCUAUGUAAUGAAAGAAUGGAGUACAA